GGGUCCUUGCAAGGUAUCAGAGAGUAUCCAAAGGUGACAUGUCAGCUGCUGGAGCACAGCAGCUUGUGGCGUUGUUACACAGAGCCAUCUCCAUCUUGCAGAAGCAAAGGUGGACCCUAGCCCAUUUGCCUUCAGAUUUGGUGAGGUUUGAAUGUUUGCCGAGCUUUGGCUUGCCUCAGGCCAUGCCAGCAGCUCUUGAGAAAUGUGGAGAAGAGAUCUUGAAGACUCAUAUUGCGCAUUGGUGGUCUCCUGAUGGGACCAGGCUAGCAUAUGCAACAAUCAAUGCCUCCAGAGUCCCCACCAUGGAGAUCCCAGUAUACACAGGCAGCCUUUACCCUACUGUUAAAACGUAUCAUUAUCCAAAGGCUGGAAUGGAAAAUCCGACUAUUUCUUUGCAUGUGAUUGGUCUGAACGGACCUACUCAUGACCUGGAAAUGACUCCCCCAGACGACCAGAGAAUGAGGGACUACUACAUAACCAUGGUGAAAUGGGCAACCAGCACCAAGGUGGCAGUAAACUGGCUGAACAGGGCCCAGAACGUGUCGAUCCUGACGCUCUGCGAUGCCACCACGGGCGUCUGCACAAAGAAACAUGAAGAUGAAAGUGAAGGCUGGCUGCACAGACAGAACGAAGAGCCGAUUUUUUCCAAGGACGGUCGGAAGUUUUUCUUUGUCCGAGCCAUUCCCCAGGGAGGACGUGGGAAGUUCUACCACAUCGCCAUGUCAUCAUCACAGCCCAAUAGUAGCAGUGACAACUUACAGUCUAUCACAUCUGGCGAUUGGGAUGUCACAAAGAUAUUGGCAUAUGAUGAAAAGAGGCAUAAAAUUUAUUUCCACAGCACAGAAGAUUUGCCAAGGAGGCGACAUUUAUACAGCGCGAGCACAAACGGGAACUUCAACAGGCGGUGUCUGUCUUGUGAUCUGAUUGAAAACUGUACUUACUUCAGUGCAUCCUUCAGUCACAAUCUGGAAUACUUCCUACUGACAUGCGAAG